UUGAAGAAGCCAACAUAAAAAAGCUUAGCAAGCUUUAUCAAACCCAUCACGAUCACAUCUCAUUCACUGACGAGUAUAUAAACCCUUGUCUAGGUUAUAGAAAUUCCUCAAGCUCUCUCUUUGCAACUUCAAGAGUAACUAUUAGUUUCUGCAAGAGAGCUUCAACAGAAAAUCUUUAGCUCAAGAAAAUGGCAGCUCCUUUAUUAGUCUUCAUAUUUGGCAUUCUUGGCAACAUUGUGUCAUUCAUGGUGUAUCUGGCCCCACUGCAAACAUUUUACAGGGUUUAUAAGAGAAAAUCAUCAGAAGGGUUUCAAUCACUGCCAUAUGUAGUAGCACUGUUUAGUGCCAUGUUGUGGAUGUAUUAUGGUUUACUAAAGAGUGAUAAAUCCCUGCUAAUUCCUAUCAAUGCUAUUGGAUGCACCAUUGAAUCUCUUUACAUCAUUAUCUACUUGGUUUAUGCUCCUCAACCAGCAAGAUUUUCUACAGUAAAGAUGUUGCUCAUGGUGAACGUAAUAUCAUUUGGCACAAUCUUACUUUCUACAUACUACUUGAUUCACAAGGCAUCGGUGCGAUUGACAGCUCUUGGUUGGAUUUGCUCUGUCUUUUCAGUCUGCGUAUUUGCUGCUCCUCUCAUGAUUAUGAGAAAAGUGAUAAGGACAAAGAGUGUCGAAUUUUUGCCAUUUCCCUUAUCUUGCUGUCUCACACUAUGUGCCGUGAUGUGGUUCUUUUAUGGUCUGUUGGUGAAGGAUUACUACAUUGCAUUGCCAAACGUAUUAGGGUUCAUCUUCGGGAUUGCUCAGAUGUUGCUAUACGUAAUCUACAGAAAUGCAAAGAAAGAUGUCGUACCAGUACCAGAAGUAGCCCUAAACGUCGUCGAUUUAACCAAACUUGAGACGGACAUGGAUAAAAACAAAAAAGAAACUGGAGCGCCCGACACUCACCAGAUCAUAGUUUGCGACGGCGUUGACCCUGCAGUAGUUAUCGUCAGACCAACUGAAACCAUUGUGUGAUUCUCUUGAAGACGUACAUAAAAAUCCAGAUCAUAGGCCAAUGGAGAUUCGAAUGAGCAUAUAUUAUAGUUUCGGCUUAGUUAUUAUUAUUGCUAUUUCUUCACUAUAUAUUUCUCUUAGGGACUUGGUAUCAUUAAACCUCUAUCCAUCCAUAUUGUCAUCAUCAUUAUUCCAUCUUUAUCGAGAUGAUAAUAAGAAGAAAUCUUGUAAUAGUGAAAAGCAUGAAUAGAAUUAUUUGGUUUAGUCCUAA